CAGCUCUUGAACAGAGUCUGGUAGAGGGAUCGGUCAGAGAGCAGUAGGUCCGAAGGGCCUCCAAAGUAAAGGUUUGGGAUAAUUGACCUGCUGUAGAUACCUCUUAUUUGACCUGUGAUGACUGAACUAGAAAUCAUGGAGCCCCCGACGCCAUGUGAUGAAUCUGGCAACUAUGUUAGUCCAACUGAAUCGAGAUCUUGUGGCCAUGGUGUACAACAAAGGCCACGAAGCGCUCCUUCUAGAAAAAUUCUCCUGCCAGGAACAGAUCAAGAUAGAAAGUCAAGUUCCAGUCCUGUGAUUGGACAGCGAAACACUGUAAAAAUUAGCACUAGUCCAGAAAUUGAAAAUGACUGUGUUCAUUUAGGAAAUGUAAAUUUGGAAAAAAACAAUUCUCAAUUCAAAAAAGUGCUCCCGCCGAAGCAAGAUGAGAGAAAAUCAAAUCCUGAGAAUGGCAGUAACAAAGUGUUUGACACAGGAAAAAACUAUCAUCAUUCCCCUCAUGGAUACUUGUCAAGUGAUCAUGACAUAGAGCCAAUGCCCGACAUUGACCUGCUGAAGGAAGAUGAGCUACCUCUGCCGUCCCUGCCCUUCGAAACAGUAAAGGAAGAUAGCAGAAAGGCUGAGGAUGAAGAAGGGAUGGAGGUGGAAGAGGAGACGAUGAUUGAUCAGGAGGAAGAGCAGGAAAUAUCUGUACACAAGGAACAGCUCAAACAACGAGAACCUGUGACGAAGUUCAGACCAGGUUUUACAGUGCAUGGCACUAAAGAUGCCUUGAUUGACAUGGUUCUCCAGAUGGUGGCCCUCCCUGACGAGGAAACUGGAAUCUUCACUAAAGAGAGCUUAUGGUUCCUGUGUUCAGAAGAUCGGAGGGAAGUCAUCAGAAAGAAGGUUCUCGGACGAGGUUCAUUUGGAAAAGUCAACUUGUAUGUCCAUGAUCAGACUGACUAUGUCAUAAAGCAGAUUACUGGUGAUUUCCAAAGAAAUGAAGUUCUGCUGACUGCCAAGUUAAACAGUCCCUAUAUAAUACAGUUCUAUGGGAUGAUAGUUCGAAACAAGAUUCCUGAAAUCAUCAUGGAGUAUGGAGGUCAGUCAAUGCUUCAGAUGGCAAGGCUGCGGAAAUUUCAGGACCGCGACGUGUGGGACCUCUCCUAUCAGGGCUUGUGUGCUUUGGAAUAUCUGGAUGAGUUCGGCAUUUGUCAUCUGGACAUAAAACCCGAAAACAUACUGUUGAUGAUGGACGAGAACCAGUUCCUGCUGAAGUUAACCGACUUUGGAGCAGCAAAAAAGAUAGGGGAGAAGAAUGACAUGGUUGGUUGGACGGUAGAAUAUCUGAGUCCCGAGCGGGCUUGGUUGGUCCUUCUGUCCAAAUUUCCUGAGCAGCUAUCACCAACUGGGCUGGAAGAGAGUGACAUCACUGGAAAAGCUGACAUCUUUGCUCUCGCUCUGACCUUGAUGUAUGCUUACGAAAGGUCACAUGUGCUCAUGAAGUACAUCACUAAGGGAGACAACUUUUACCGCGAUGCAGACAAGCAGCCAGAGCUACAAGUCAAUCUAUUGGUUGAACUUUGCUCCAAUCUCGAUCUUGCCUUGAGCCUGAUGCCGAAAGCGGUGAGCACUGACAUGAGAUUUAUUCUAAACAAGAUGCUGCAGGGAGAUGUCACUAAAAGGUGUACAGCUGCAGAGGGCAAAAACUGGAUGAAUUUUCUGUCCAAUUUGGCGGUUCAGCAGCAAGCUAAGGGGUUAAAAAUUCAGACUGAUAGUAGAGUAACAGAAGAGUAUACUGUCGAAACACAAACCAAACCCAUCAGAAAGGCAGUACAAUCCAACAGGAAGUCUACAUCAGCGGUCGGUAAGCCAGCUUCAGCAGUAGGUGGUACGUCACAAAUACCAAUAAACGAGGAGCAAGGCUGGGCUAAGGAGUGUAGAAAAGCAACUAUGGAAACCAUUGCUAACCUGCCAUCUGGACUGAAGAAAAGGAUGGUCAAGAGAAAACUGCUGCAUAAAUUGGCAUCAGGCAAAAAAUUGAAAAUUGAUGAUUUAGGGAAAGAGGCUGAAGAUGAUGAAAGUAUCAUUUCUAAUGGUGCAGCCUCCCCUGAAACAGCGAUAAGGGAGACAACUCCUGUUGUCAUUGUUAUCAAUGAUGACACUGAUGAGGAGAAACCAGCACCAGUGAGGGGGCUGUGUGAGGCACAGGAGGAGAAGCUUGGUAAUGGAAACAUUCCUAACUUCGAAUUUUUGGACAUGCCAUGUUAAUUUGAUCGGGUUCUAGGUUUGUUCUCACAUUUUCAUUUCAAAAUAUUUUAUUAAAUCAAGCGAUUUAAUGGGAAUUGGACAACAGGCUAUGGCUAUACAAGCCCUCUUUUCAUGGCGGAAAGAUGGAGUGUAACCUUUGCUAAAAUGUUUGCCAAGUGAUAGACAGUACUUGGCAGUAAUUAUAAGGACGUACAAAAUUUAGACGGCUAGAUCUGUGUCAACAUUUUCUGUUUGUAAGAUGAAAUGGCUUAAGCUUAUACAUGUAACAAAACAGAGCCUGACAUGCUAUAUUAUCACAGGCUGUGCUAAUUAACAAAGAGUGGCAAGUAGUGAUACUAGCAAUAGCUCCAAAAGUGCUUUCACCUCUCUUGUUAGGGGGGGGUCCUAGAAAAACUCUGCUACCCGGGGGCAAUGUCCGAUAACGUUCAAUAUGCCGUGUGAUCGUGCUGGUGCCGGCCCUCUGACCCCCCACCAGGUCCUUUAGAGGUUUGUAAGGGGUAGGGGAGGGGGGUCCUUUAGAGGUUCAUUUAGGGAUCCACUGGUCUGAUAACAUCCCCGGAUGAGCCUCUGAAGAGAUAGUAGUGCUAGGGAGCUACUAUGAUUUCUUAUUUAUGUAAGUGUGUUCCAAAAAAGAAUAGUUAAACAGUGGGACAGGGACAGUGCUGAAAAAUGAAUUCGUCAAAAUUUUGUCAAUUUGAAAAUAUAUAUUACAGAUAAACAGUCACCAUGAAACAAUACUACAUCACAUAAUACAAAAAAUAAGUUAAUACUGAUAUGAUAUGCUAAUGUGAAAGCAAGGGGCUGAAGGCAUAUGCUUGUAAAAGAUGUGCAAUUUGUUACGGUAUACCAGAAUUUUUUCGUCGCAGUUUAAUCUUCACCUUCUGUAACAAGAGUGAAUUUAUCAUUACAGUGAAUACAAGUAAACAACAUAAUACAUAUAGUAGUUUAUGUGAAGGGCAAACUCAACACUAGGCUUAAAUAGAGUUUAUUUGUGUAAGGCAGAAGUUUAACUCUGUAAAGAUUUUCCAGUAUACAAUAUACAUUUAGGGUUUUUAGGUCUGGUGAAAAGACCUAUUGUUUUUGUUAAGUUUCUUAUUAUUAUUCUUAUUCUUCCGUAAUUUGUGAAUUCUGUAUCUUUUGAUUGGUAAAAGAUAGGUUUAUAGUCUUUAAGGUAUGUUGUAGGAAAAGGUCUGAAGAUGAUCAAGCAACAUUUUGAAGUAGGUCAAAAAGUAAAUAUGGCCACCAUGACGUCAUAGGUCAAAAUCUUAAAAUGGCCAUAACUCAAAAACGGUUUAAUUUACAGAAUUGACGCUGUUAUAUUAUAUAUAGAUAAUCUUCGGGGCUAACUUUUAUUACAGUAUGUUAUUUCAUUAAAAGGUCAAAUAAAAAAGCUCGCUGUUGGGUCAAAGGUCACAAUUUUAAAAAAAAACAUUCAUCUUUCCUUUUUUUUGAGAAAAAUUUCUACAGAUCAAUGAAGAAUGUAAGCGUUGUUGUUUUUCGGGUCAGUCCAAAAUCCAAGAUGACCGCUAUAACCACCAUCUUGAAAAACACAUUUUAAACUUCUCCAAAUUCACUGGUGUCAUUGAGCUGAAAGUUGGUCGGGAUGUUAAGAAAAGGUAGCCAACAAAGUGUUGUUAUUUUUCGGCCUCGUACAAAACUUCGACAUGGCAGCCAUGGUGGCCAUUUUGUAACAUGCCAUACACAUGCAAGUAAUGAGGCAAUAACUGUUACUUAAUCUGACCUUACUCAUGCAAGUUGUACAGAAAGAAAGAUAAUUCUUACUUAAUCUUAUAUUACACUUUUACGAGUUAUCUCUAUAGCCCCACCACUUGCAAAUUUGGUCAAUGAUUUGUGAUUUAGAACUGUUCCAUGGUAACGGUUUAUCACUGUUAUAUAUGUUAUGAUACAUAAUUGUUCAUGUUUGUGUCUUCAUACACGAUCUAAUGGCCACGAAAAUUUAACAAACUCCUUUAUCUGAACUUUUGCUAUUUCUUCUUCGCAUAUAUUUCUUUUCAAGGAAAUGUACCUGAAUCAAUUAGUUUAUGGUAAAAAAAUACUUUUCUUCACCUUUUGUUAAAGUUUAUUGACUUCAAUUCAUGUAAUUGUUUUUUGAUUUUUGAUCAAGCUUCAUUUUAAUAUUUAAAGUGAGAAUGCUUUCAAAACCUUGUGUGUUUCAGGAUGUCAAGUUCAAGGGUCAUCAUUUCUAUUUAUAAACAAGUUCUUUGUCAUCACUAUUGAGAGUCUUUUCUAUAGAGACUUCAUUUCUGAAGUAUUAACAGUAACUAUAGUUUAUCAAUAUAUAUAUUUCUACAGUCUUAACACAUGUACAUUCUCUCCAGAAAGUACCAUGUAAAUAUUAUGUGUAUUUUUGAAAGACCUUAUAUUUAAGAUCCUCAAAAUAUGAUAUUUUUGCAAUUUUCUUCUGUCUUGAGCUGUAAUAUUUCAUGUUUUGUUAUUCUGAGAGAGAAAAAAUCUUGCGUUAAAAUUUUGCUGUUAUAUGUUAGACUGUGAAAAUGAUUAACUGAUGUGUACUGUUACACUGUAUGGAAUGUGUAAAAUUGUUUUACAAUAAAAAAUUCAGC